AUGCUCGAGGUACUCCUGAAGUGGAGCUAUCACUUCAGUCCAUCUCGUGCUCCAAACGGUGCUCCAGCGUGGGGGAGCUGGAGGGAGAAGGCGUGGGAGACCUACGAGAGCCUGUCGGCUGCGGACGGAGCUCUGGCUUAUGACAAAAAGAAAAAGGAAACAUGGGGAGUCUGUAUCUUUAUUGUAGCUAUUGAUCUGGAUGACGUGACAUUCACUUUCACAGAGCUUCUGAAAAGUAUAAACAUAAGUGUAUGUGCAUUUUUUCAGUUUCUGAAAGAGGUGGAUGUUAACAUGGAUACUGUAAGCACUAAAGUUGAUAGCACUGUAUCAAGGCUGAAAAAGAAAUAUGAUGUAUUACUUGCACUAUACCACAAGUUUGAAAGGACUUGUGGCCUUAUUUAUCUGGAACAACCUAGUAGUGAGAUUUCUGCUGAACUCAGUUCUGUAUUAGUCCUAAAAAAUUAUUGGAUUACUUUUUUGCUGGCAAAAGGUAAAGUGUUGCAAGUGGAAGAUGACCUGGUGAUUUCUUUCCAUUUGUUGCUGUGUGUCUUAGAUUAUUUUAUCAAGUUGUCACCUCCUGCUAUGCUCAAGGAACCAUACAAGUCUGCUGUGACUGCAGUGACUGUUAAUGGUUCAGCUCGAACUCCAAGAAGAGGUCAGAACAGGAAUACACGUACUGCAAAGCAAAUUGAUACUGAUACAAAAGUUAUUGAAGUCCUUUGUAAAGAGCAUGGUUGUAAUUUAGAUGAGGUCAAAAAUGUAUAUUUCACAAACUUUAUUCCUUUCUUGAAUUCUAUUGGUAUUGGAACUUCAAAUGGGCUACUGGAGGUUGAAGUUCUCUCAAAACAGUAUGAAGAGCUGUAUCUCAACAGCAAAGAUAUAGAUGCAAGAUUAUUUCUGGAUCAUGAUGAAACUCUACAGCCUGAUGUUAUAGCAUGCUCACAGUUGGAGAGGACACCACUAAAAAACAAUCCGGAUGAGGAACCUAAUCUUACACUUCCACAGACUCCUGUUCGAGCUGCAAUGAAUAACAUUCAGCAAUUGAUUAUGAUUUUAAAUUCAGCAACUGAUAAACCGUCAGAUACUCUCAUCGUGUAUUUCAAUAACUGCACAGUAAACCCUAAGGAUAGUAUUCUGAAAAGAGUGGAAAGUUUUCACCACAUCUUCAAAAAGAAAUUUGCUGAAGCUGUUGGACAGGGAUGUGCUGAGAUUGGCUCACAGCGAUACAAGCUCGGAGUACGUCUGUAUUACAGAGUAAUGGAGUCUAUGCUUAAGUCGGAGGAAGAGCGCCUCUCAGUGCAGAAUUUCAGCACACUUCUGAAUGAUAACAUCUUCCAUACAUCUCUUCUGGCAUGUGCUGUUGAGGUUGUCAUGGCUACAUAUGUCAGAAAUACUUCACAGAGUGAUGGUACCAGUGCUGAAACAAACUUGUCUUUCCCAUGGAUUCUCAAUGUAUUUGAUUUAAAAGCUUUUGACUUCUACAAGGUGAUUGAAAGCUUUAUUAAAGCAGAACCAAGCCUAACAAGGGAAAUGAUAAGGCAUCUGCAAUGCUGUGAACAUCAAAUUAUGGAGUCUCUUGCUUGGCAAUCUGGGUCACCUGUGUUUGAUCUUAUCAAGCUGUCAAAGGAGCGAGAAGGCCAGACUGAUCAGCCUGAGCCCACUUCCACCCUCAAUCUGCCUCUCCAGCACAACCACACUGCAGCAGACCUGUAUCUUUCUCCUGUGAGAUCUCCUAAGAAGAAAGCAUCUGGCCCUUCGCCAAGUGCUACUUCCACUCCAGAUGCUCAGCCAACACAGACUCCCCCAACACAGAAACCACAGAAAUCUACCUCCCUCUCUCUGUUCUACAAAAAAGUGUACAUACUGGCCUAUCUUCGACUCCGUACCCUCUUCUCUCGGCUUCUCUCUGAUCAUCCUGCCCUGGAACCCUUGAUCUGGACCCUCUUCCAGCACACACUGCAAAAUGAGUAUGAACUUAUGAGAGACAGGCACUUGGACCAGAUCAUGAUGUGUUGCAUGUAUGGCAUAUGCAAAGUAAAGAAUAUAGAUCUCAGAUUUAAAACAAUAGUUUCGGCAUACAAGGAGCUUCCCAACACAAAUCAAGAGACUUUCAAACGUGUUCUUAUCAGGGAAGAGCAGUAUGACUCCAUUAUAGUCUUCUACAACCUAGUGUUUAUGCAGAAGCUGAAAACAAACAUUUUACAGUAUGCCUCCAACAGGCCUCCCACUCUGUCCCCCAUCCCACACAUUCCUCGCAGCCCCUACCAGUUUUCCAACUCUCCUCGGCGUGUCCCUGCUGGCAACAACAUCUACAUCUCACCCUUGAACAGCCCGUACAAGUUCUCCGAUGGGUUUCAGUCACCAACAAAGAUGACUCCAAGGUCCAGGAUUUUGGUGUCGAUUGGCGAAUCAUUUGGGACUUCUGAGAAGUUUCAAAAAAUCAACCAGAUGGUGUGCAGCAGUGACUGCCAGCUGAAGCGCAGCGCAGAGGGAAGUGCUGCUCCGAAGCCGCUGAAGAGGCUGCGCUUCGACAUAGAAGGGCAAGACGAAGCAGAUGGAAGCAAACACCUACCCCAGGAGUCCAAGUUCCAGCAAAAGCUUGCAGAGAUGACAUCUACUCGAACAAGAAUGCAAAAGCAGAAGCUGAAUGAUGGAAAUGAUACCUCAGCCAGUGAAGAAAAGUGA